AUGGCAAACAUAUUAGCCGCACAAGAUCAAGAAAACCUCAUCCACGCCCAGCAGACCACAGCUGCAGGAAAGUCAAUGAACCAAAGCGCGUGGUCCCUGCAUCCAAAGACACCAGGAAACUUGAAGACUCCUUUUCGACCAGCUAAAAACGAUGAGAAUCUACCCGUCAACUUCAACGGACAGAAGGCUGUGGGCAAAGAGGGACCGAGCAAAUUAGACAGGAGUACCUUUGUUACACCCUUGGUUCCGCGCAAUCGAGCACCUCUUGGAAUAAAAACAACCAACGCGAAGGCUUUCCAGACACCUGCCCCCCUUCCUCUGACAACAAAGAGGCUUGGAACAGUCCAAAAGCACUCCACAGCUCGUCGUUCGGGCAGAUCUAAGAUCGCAAUUGCUUCUUCUGAACCAGUCGAUGGCAACUUUCCGGUAAAGAGGGCCUCGGAGGAACAAGAACCAGAUUUUGGAUAUGCACCUCCACCACCAACUGAGCUACCAGAUCCUCCGAUUGAGUUCGACGAAGAUCCACUACUUACUGAGGAGCUGCGAGCCGGCUACGGAGUUGGAUAUCCGUGUAACUCGCCCAAAGACGAGAUCGGAAUGUCACUGCGCCUCAAAAAGGAAGAGGAAGAGUGGCUGCGUUUCGAUACCGAACGUGUUAAAAAAAGUCUCGAGAGCAUGGGCGAGCUUGUAUUUCCAACACUCACUAAACUCAACGCACAGGUCGACAAGAUGAUCGCAGCAGGACCAAAGAAGAAACGGCCUGAGCUCUCAAGGGUCGACACCAUGCAAGCGAAGUCUGCUGCUGCUGCUCUCUCCGCCUCACAGGCGCAUCUGCCUGCAGCUACAAGAAAAACUACUCAAGCGUCGGAGCAGAAGAAGAAAGGAAUUCUUCUUGUCACGAAAGCCAAACCGUCGACUCUCCGGCGGCGCUCGCCAUCAUCCCGUACUGCUCAUGCGGCUGUGUCUAGAAACACAAUUGGGUUUCCCAAAGCAAAGAAGGCUCCUUCCAUCAUCCCCAGAAGUGCUGAAACCGAGAGAAGCCGAAUUGCCACAGCUUCCAAGCCCAUCAAGAUCGCCCAAGCGUCGAUCCACCCACGCGACUUUCGUGACUUGUAUGGCUCACCGCCCGAAGACAGUGAUAUGUGGUUCAGACUCAAGCAAUACGAGUUGCUAGAGCAGGACAUGGCGAAGGAGAGGGGCGAUGAUCUCGCGCAUGACCUGUUCGAAACCGACUUCUUCCCUUUUGGAAACGCAAAGCUGGACGAUGAAGAUUUUCAAUUACCUACGCCUGAAUGA